AACCUAAAAGGAUUAGGAUUAUUUAUUCCUAUAAAUACAGAACAAACACCACUGCUUUCAGUAUACACAACAUUAAUGGCGAUCAAAAGAUCAUUAAGUUCAACUUCUGAUACUUCCAUCAAAAGACAAAGAUUAUCAUCUUCAACUACUUCAAACUCUCCGAACUGGUUGGAUCUUGCUCCUGAACUUCUCGAAUUCACUCUCGCGAAAUUAUCUUCUGUUCAAAUCAUGAGGUUCAAAUCAGUUUGUUCUUCAUGGAAUCGCGCCGCAGAGUCGUAUGUUUCGUCUUCGUUGUACGCUCCAUUAACGUCGGAAACGCCCUGUCUGUUGCUUCCAGGUCCAGAUUAUGAUCCUGACGACAUGGACGACAAAGUUUCGGACAGUCGCUGUUUUUACAGUCUUGAAGACAAGAAAGAAUAUAGUUUACCGAACAUGAGUAAACUGUUUAAUUACAGUGACUGUUGCAUUGGUUCGUCUCAUGGUUGGGUUAUACUUUUGCAUAAUCAUAAACCGAACUGCCCUUUUCUUGUUAAUCCCUUCUCGAAAGUUCGGAUUGAGUUACCGUUGCUUCGCGCGGAUCAAGUUGAUGAACACCAAAGCUUUAGUUUCAGGAAAGCGAUUUUAUUGUCUGAUCCAUCCCAUGAUAAGGAUUUUGGAAUUGUGCUGAUAAAACGCGAUUUAUAUUGUCCGAAAUCUUUUUACUUCUAUAAGAAAGGAAGUUCCGGCUGGAUUACUGUUGACGGUGAUGAAAACAAAGGCUAUGUUGAUAUAUUAUCUCGUGAUAAUCAUCUGUAUGCAUUGACAUUGGAUCUUUCUGUUGAAGUUUGGGACGUUCGUGGUGAUUGCUUGCCGGUCAAGAAACGGAAAAUUCAUCCUUCGGUUACGGAAAAGUUGUUGGAGUCCAUGAGAAUGCAUAAAGAUUCACAUUUUACUCAAAGUUACUUGGUGGAUUCAUGCGGUGAUCUUUUGCUCGUCGUUAGAUUUGUCGCGAAUUUUGUGAAUACAGAAGGCGAAGUUGUCGACGAGUCGUAUCUUUUAAGUGACGAAGAUACUCAUCCUUUGGUUUGUCCCUAUCAGACAAAGAUGUUCCAUGUUUAUAAAUUGGAUGCCAGUGAGCAGAACUGGAUUGAAAUUGACAAUUUGCAUGAUCGAGUGUUGUUCGUCGGAACCAAUCAAUCAAUUUCGGUUUCAGCUGCGGAAUUUCCGGGAUGUCAGAGGAAUUCGAUCUAUUUUUCUGAUGAUAAUUGGGAUGAAAUGCAUGAUGAUUAUUUGUACGGAGGUCAUGAUUUUGGAGUUUUUAGUCUUCAAGACAAAUAUGUUGAGCUGUUUAAUUUGCAUAAUUUAGGAAGGAUUUAUCCACCACCAAUUUGGAUAAUCCCAAAUCCAUGGUGAAGGAAUUUUGAGUUUCGUAUUCUAAAUUUCUAGCUAAUGUUGUAAACAUAAUCUAGUUUUCUUAUAUGUCAAUUUUAAAAUGAAAAUUUGUUAUCUGUAAUAUCCAAGUUUCUAUUUGUUAUAUACAGCUGAUAUUGAUCUUAUAGUAAUUUGGGGUGUGUGUUCUGUUGAAACCGAAUUUAAGAAAUUCAUAUAUUUUUUUCAAAUUGAACCGAACCAGUUGGUUCGGUCAAUUUCUCGAUUCAAUUCGGUUAUUUCAGUUCAGAUUAUAUUAAAACUAACUUAGAUUACCAAUGUUUAAACCCGAACCAAAAACCGACUUUUUUUAUAAUAUCAAAUCAAACCAAACUGAAUCUGUCAAUUUGAUUUUUCGGUU